GGCAAAGACCCUGAAGCCGGGCGAGCUCACCAAGUAUCAGGAGCCGAUCAUCGACAACUAUCGGACAGUGCGAAACAUCAGAGAGCAGAUGGUGGAGAACAAAGCACCCUUCCAGCUGAAAGCCAACUUCUUCAGCACGCUGCACAUCACAGAUUCGAGAGUGAAGAAGAUCCUGAACGACUGGUUCAAGGACCAGCUGACCGAGACCAUCCAGGGCCGAGGGCUCCAGCAGGAGCACAAGCACAGUGGAAUCCUGACCGUCCGCAUUGAAAGGGCCGAGCGCCUAAGGCGCGCGGACGCAAAGAAGAUGAUGGACUGCGAUCCGAAAGCUCUUCUCUGGGUGCGCAACGACGUUCAGGGAUCCUGGCGUAAGAAGCCCUUGAUGCAAACCGGCCGGAUCUCCAACAACCGGAAUCCUCGCUGGGGCUUCGAAGACAGCAAGACCAUCUUCACUGGAUCCUUCGAGGCCAGCAUUGUGGGCGCCGGCCUUGGGGCGCCUAGGGUCUUUCGUUAA